CAAGCUGUGAUGUUGGCAAGAGAGGGGCGGGUGUCUGAGAAAUUAACAGAGAGAGAAGGGGAAUGAGUGGAGGAAACUAGGGAGACAGAAAUAGCAAAGAGUGAGAAAACAGGAGCAGGGAAAAGAGGCAGGGGUGAGAGUUAAAAAUACAGAGGGGGGAAGGGGAGAACGAUCAUGGAGCUGCUCCUGUGGCUCUGGUCCCAGCUUCGAUCCUGUGGGAACAACCUCCCAGCACUGGGCAUAGCCCUCACAGUCUUCGCUCUGCUAUUUGAUUUUCUGAAGCGCAGGAAGAGCUGGAGUCGCUACCCACCAGGUCCAACCUCUCUGCCUUUCAUUGGGACCAUGUUGCAGAUCGAUUUCCACAACCCGCACCUCUCCUUUACCCAGCUGAGUAAAAAAUAUGGAAAUGUCUUCAGCCUUCAGAACUGCUGGAGUAAUCUGAUAGUAGUGAAUGGAUUCAAAGCUGUAAAAGAAGCAUUGGUCCAGAAAUCAGAGGACUUUGCUGACCGACCAUACUUUUCUAUAUAUGAGCACUUGGGUUACGGAGAGAAUUCGGAAGGGGUGGUGGUUGCAAGAUAUGGUCAGGCCUGGAAGGAGCAAAGGAGAUUUGCACUCUCCACCUUGAGGAACUUUGGGAUGGGAAAGAAAUCCCUAGCUCAGCGUGUGACAGAGGAAGCUGGAUUUCUAUGCUCUGCGAUCUCUUCUGAAAAAGGUUUGUCUUUUGAUCCACAUUUUCUUAUAAACAACGCAGUUAGCAAUGUGAUCUGCUCCCUCGUCUAUGGCGAGCACUUUGACUAUGACAAUAAGAAAUUUCAGAGAUUGCCAUUUGAACAGACCUUAAAUGAAGAAGCUGGAUUCCUGCCCCAGCUCCUUUUCGUAGUACCUUGGCUGCUGCGCAUCCCUGGAGUGCCACAGAGAGUCUUCCGAUCCCAAAAGGCGGUCCUUGACUUCACAAAUGAGCUUGUGAAGGAGCACAGGACGACCUGGAAUCCUACCGAAAAGAGAGAUUUCACUGAUGCUUUUCUACAGGAGAUAGAGAAGGCCAAAGAGCACGCGGGGAGCAGAUUCAAUGACAACAACCUUCGUGUGGUAACAUUUGACUUGUUUAGUGCUGGCACUGAGACCACCUCCACCACCCUGUGCUGGGCAUUGCUGUACCUGCUUCUCCAUCCUGACAUCCAGUGUAAGCAAGAGGACUGGUGAAGAUGUGACCGGUUCUCCCAACCCUGCAUCUUCCACUGAGAUAGGGUGAUCAGAUCGCAAGAGUGAAAUGCCACACAGCUCCCCUGGAUCCACUAUGCCCAAAGCCCCCCUUCAACCCUUUCACCACAAAUACACAGUGCUGUGCACACACACCCUGCCCAGUGCCCCCCUGCCCACAGCCCUACCACAGCUGCCCAGCACCCCACACAGAACCCCCCACUCGCUACUUUCCCAAUACACACAGAUUUCCCCUCCCUCCCUUUCUUCCUCCCUCCCAGUGCCCUUCCCCACAGCACC